AAAUGUACUUUCCUUCCAUUUAACAGAAUGGUUUUGGGAAGCUACGAGGCAAAAUAAUAGCUGUUGUUUUUCUUUUUUUAUUUUGAAUUUAAACGAUGUUGUACUUAUAUGUUAAAAUUAAGUACAGAUAAUUACUGUAAAUAUAACGAUAUUAAACUAUUAAUGUAAUAUUAAGAAUGAUUUUAAAAUGAUUUAGAAGAGGAGAUUGAAUGAAAGAUUUUGCUAAUUGUAAAUGAGUAAACAAUUUUUGUGAAUAGAAAAUAAUUGUGCAUCUACUUAUUUAUGGAUGUUAACGACUUUAUUGCUGAACGAAAGCUUAGCCAAAAAUUGUUAAGAUUACAAUCCUUUCUUUAAGCCGCCGUGAUUCCAUCAGGCGAUGUCUUGAUUAAAAGGAUAUCUGACGUAUCAAAUAAAAAAAUGAAGGAGAAAUAACAAAAGACUCUCAUUUCGCGCCAGUAAGUUGCUGUAGUGUCUCCAGACAGGCUAUUUUCUUUGAUUGACGCUAGUGUAAUGACGCUUACAGUGUUAAAAGAACGAGUUCUCCCUUGAAUUGUAGGACUUUUUCAGAGGUGAUGUCUGUGGUAUAAAAACGAUAAUGGAAGUGUUUAAUUUCUUGGCAAUUUUAACAGUAUUUAUUGUAUAUUUUUUAAACUUUAUUCAUAGUGCUUAUCCGCGAGAAAAAUCCAUUUAUUACAUAGGUGCACAUGGUAAUUUUACAUGGCCCCGUAAGGAGCUUUCUGUGUCAAUAGAUGGGGAUAUUAUAAUUGGAGCCUUACAUAUGGUGCACGAGAGAAGCGAGGAACUCACGUGCGGUGCUAUAAUGAGUCAAGGAGGUAUUCAGGCUUUAGAGACAAUGCUUUAUACGUUAGACCAUAUCAACAAUCGCAUGGAUAUACUUCCGCAUGUGUCGUUAGGGAUGCUAGCAAAGGACGAUUGUGACAGAGAUAUUUAUGGCUUAGAACAAGCCGUUGAUUUUAUCAGGGGAUCAAUUGCCAGUAUUGGAGGAUCAGACUAUACAUGCCGAGACGGCAGUACCCCUGACCUUACACCAAAGGUCAUACCAGGGGUCAUAGGUGCACCUUCAAGUGUCACAUCCAUUCAAGUUGCUAACCUACUAAAACUCUUUAAAAUUCCACAGGUUAGUUUCUUCUCAACAAGUACAGUACUUAGUAACAGAGACAGAUACCCGUACUUCCUGAGAACGAUACCAUCUGAUGUCAACCAAGCCCAGGCCAUGGUAGAAUUGGUCCGGAUGUUUAACUGGACAUUCGUGUCCGUGAUUUAUGAAGAAUCAAGCUACGGAAUUCAGGGGUUUAACGAGCUCGAAAAACUGUUGAAACAGCAUGGGAUUUGCUUGGCGACGACGGAAAAAUUACUGAAAGACUCAGGAGUGCCAAGUGAAGAAUUUUACGACCAUAUUGUGACAAGACUGAAACAAACCUCAAAAGCAAAAGGAGUUAUAAUAUUUGCCUCUGACCAAGAAGUAGGGGAGUUGAUGAAAGCUGUGCGGAGAAAGAAAGCAACAGGAAUGUUUUCGUGGAUAGGAAGUGAUGGAUGGGGAGGAAGGGGUCUGGCUUAUCUAGGAAAAGAGGAACAGGUGGAAGGUGCGAUAACGGUCCAGCCAUUAGCUUUUGAAGUCAAAGGAUUUAAAGAAUACUUCUUGAAUUUGACACCAUUUAAUAAUAUGAGAAACCCAUGGUUUGUUGAAUUUUGGGAACAAAAUUUCAAGUGUAAAUUCCCCGGCUCUUCAUGGACGCCAUAUAACGAGGACUACAACACAACAUGCACUGGCACUGAACGAAUAGAGCCUAAUACGUUUAUCAUGGAAGCCCAGUUACAGUUUGUCAGUGAUGCCAUGUUUGCUUUUGCAAUAGCUUUACAUAAUAUGCACACCGACUUAUGUGGUCCAACUUAUCGCGAACUGUGUCCUAGUAUGGAUCCGGUCGAUGGUGAAGCACUAAAAGAUUAUCUAAUGCAUGUGAAUUUUACAGGUUUGUCCGGUCAGCAUUUCCAGUUUCUACCAAAUGGAGAUGGUCCAGCAAGAUACAGGAUACUUAAUUUCCGUCAAACGUCACCAGGAGUUUACAAAUGGGAAACAGUUGGUUUCUUCGAUAAUGGACAUCUAAUUGAUGUAGAAGACAUAAAGUUCCGCCUUGACCAACCACAACAUCCGGACUCCGUCUGUUCGUAUGAGUGUGGGCCGGGAGAGGCAACUUUAUAUUUAGAGGGAAGUCAUUGUUGCUGGACCUGUGCGAAAUGUCAUACGUACCAAUACCUGCCUACCCCGUUUAAAUGUGAAGAUUGCCCGCCGGGAUCAAAGCCAAACGAAGAAAAAACAGAAUGUGUUUCAAUACCUAUUGUUUACCUGCGGUACGUUGACGCAUUGGCUAUUGGAGCAAUUGCAUUUUCAACAAUUGGAAUUGUUUUCACUGGCUAUGUAACUGCCAUUUUUGUGAAAUACAAUGACACGCCAGUUGUCAAAGCGUCUGGGAGAGAGUUAAGCUUUGUUCUGCUUUUUGGCAUCUUUCUCUGUUACUCCAUGACAUUUGUACUUAUCCUAAAACCUAAUGCUAUUGUCUGCGGUGCACAAAAAUUCGGGAUUGGAUUAUGUUUCUCGGUUUGUUAUUCAGCUAUUCUUAUAAAGACUAAUAGAAUAUCUCGAAUAUUUCGUGCAGGAAAACGAACAGCUAAACGCCCGAAAUUCAUCAGCCCUAAAUCUCAGAUAUUUAUAACAGGUUCUAUUGUAGCAUUCCAAAACAUUGUCGGUGUGAUGUGGGUACUGUUACGUCCACCGGAAGCUGUUUUCUACUUCUCAACCAGGGCUGAUCAUCAGCUUGUAUGCAAGGACGCAGUUGGAGGAUAUUAUAUGAUUGGAUUUUCUUGCCCAAUCAUACUUGUGAUUAUAUGUACAAUAUAUGCCAUAUUGACUCGAAACAUUCCUGAGGCGUUCAAUGAAUCAAAAUAUAUCGGAUUUACAAUGUAUACAACUUGCAUUAUUUGGUUAGCUUUUGUGCCAAUAUACUUUUCAACUGCAUACGAUAUAAAGUUACGAAUAGCAACGAUGUGUUAUUCCAUAAGUUUAAGUGCAACUGUAACGCUAGUUUGCAUGUUUACUCCAAAAUUGUACAUAAUACUUACACAUCCUCAGAACAACGUGCGGAAAUCCAUGGCAACGCACGUGACACGCACGUACAUGAGUAAUGCUGCUCAACCAACUCAACAGUCACAAACCAUUCAUUGUGGAUACUCAGCCGUGCCGGUUUCAUCUCAAAUACCAAACAAGAUGGAAAUGCUACAGCCGAACCCACCAAACGCAUGCCUUAAGGGAAGUGAUGUACAGAAAAAUGGAAACAGUAUUAGUACGCAGACAUUGGACAGUAUGGACGUUCUGCUCAACAACAAGGACGUCACCUUGUAGUUUAACAUUUCAAUCAACAAGAAAUUGGCCAUUCCGGAUGUUCUGCUCAACAGCAAUUGAUAACAUUACAAUUAAACAGUUUAACAAUUACAAGCCUAUUCGCGGCAACAAAUGAGCAUAUUCUACCAGUGCCGUGUGAUCAGUUACCUUACCUUGCUUUUUAUAACAAUUAAAUAUUGGAAAAUAAAUAUUUUACUUUGGAAUAAAAUACACAACUGAUUGUGGAACGGAUGCUUUAUAUUAAGAUUAAUUACUUUUUUCUUCAAAUUAAACGCUUUAUA